UUCCCAAUGAGUGGGAAUGCACGAGCAAGGAACAACCUGUUGAUAGUUGUGAUACCGUACGGACGCACUAUGUAACUUUUUUACGCAAUGGAAAAUAUGCACAGGAUCUCAAGAGAUUGACGAAGUUCAGCUAGAGGCUGGACAGCCUGAAAGCGGAACAAACCGUUAUGCCAUGCACGGGAAAGAAAUAUCGCGGAUAUCGUAGGAUAGCUGGAUUAACUUUUGAAAGUUGUCACUUUACGUCUACCUCUAACCAUGCCGUUGGAAGUGCACAAGUAUAGCACUCAUCGAUUCAGAAGCUAUCGAACAAAUGUGAUGUUGUUAUAAUACUUUUCCAUUCAGUUUUCUACAAGACGCUACGACACUUUCUCAAGAGAACGGGGACAGGUGACUCCAGCGCAGUCAACGUGUCCUGUCACCUAUGCACACACGCUAUGACAUGACCUCAAUCGAUUCCUCGUUAAGGGAAUGAAUGCCUUAACAACUUGUACUUUGUGACAGAAAUUUCCCAAAUGAUGAAACUCCUCACGUUACUUUGUGUCGUUUUGGGAUUGUGGAGGAGUGUAUCAACCAACAGGAACUGCCCAGACCUGAUUAUUGACAGCUGUCAUUGCACUUCGGAAAGGUCGAAGGAGCUGAGCAGGCAAAACGUCCGCGUCAAAGUCGUGUGCAACGACGCAGACUUGCUUGACACUUUGCAGCCCAGUUUUCUUCCAAAUACGACAGUUUCCCUGAUCCUCAGCAACAACAAAAUCGCCCUCUUGAAAAAUGGCUCUUUCUUCGGGCUGGUCGCCUUGGAGAAGCUGGACCUGAGGAAUAAUUUAAUUAGUCGGCUGGAGCCAGGGGCUUUCCGUGGGCUGGCAGCACUAAAGAGACUGGAUCUGUCCAACAACAGGAUUGGCUGUCUCUCCCCUGAAAUGUUUCUUGGCCUUGGCAAUCUCUCUAAAUUAAACCUGUCUGGGAAUAUAUUCUCCACGCUGCCGGAGGGAGUCUUCACCCACCUGCCCUCCCUCAGGGCUCUGCAUUUCAGCACAGACUCUCUGUUUUGCGACUGCCAGCUGGAGUGGCUGCUGCUGUGGGCGCGCUCCCGGUCCGUGCGCAUCGCCAACGACACGCUGUGUGUGUUUCCCACGCGGCUCCAGGGCUUGGAGCUCCGCAGCCUGCCGCCCCAGCAACUCACCUGCGAUGGGCCUCUGGAGCUGCCCCUCUUCCAGCUGAUCCCGUCCCAGAGGCAGGUGGUGUUCCGCGGGGACCGGCUGCCCCUUCAGUGCACUGUGUCCUACCUGGAGCCCUCGCUCGCGGUCAGCUGGAGCCACAACCAGCAGCCUGUGCUCACGCAGGAGGAGAGGGGCGUCUAUGUGGAGGAGCCCGUGGUCCACGACUGCUGCCUCAUCACCAGCGAACUCAUCCUGUCCAACAUCGAUGUCAGCGCUUCCGGCAUCUGGCAGUGCCACGUGACCAGUUCCCGUGGCAACAGCACCCGGCACAUGGAGAUCGUGGUGCUGGAGACAUCGGCGCCGUACUGCGCGGCGGAGAGAGUCAGCGCUAACAAAGGAGACUUCAGGUGGCCUAAAACCCUGGCUGGGAUCCUGGCCUUCCUCCCCUGUGCUGCUCCCAUACAUCACCCGGCCCCGCCUGGCUCUAGCGCCACCUUGCUGAAGAAGAAGGCGUGGCGUCGUUGUGACCGGUCCGGGCGCUGGGCAGAGGAGGACUACACCCAGUGCCCUUACGCCAGCGAAGUGACGCGCGCCCUACACCAACUCACACAGACGGCAGUGAACAACAGCAAUGCCCUCACCCUGGCCCAGCAGCUGGCCUCCUUCACCAGCCGGGCAGCGCACUUUGGUGACGUGAUGGACGUCAUCUUCGUCACACACCUGGUGGAGAGGAUCACGCGGCUGGUGGGCCGGAUCCGAGAGCUGGCGGACCUGGUGUGGGACAUCGCCAGUAACGUGAUGCUGGUGGAGGAGCACGUCCUGUGGAUGGCCCAGACGGAGGCCAGGGCCUGCACACGCAUCGUCCAGUGUGUGGAGCGCGUCGCCGACCUGGCCCUCUCCUCACACACGCCGCUCAUAUCCAAGGUCUCUCCCAACAUAGCUCUGGAGGCUUUCCUGGUCAAGCGGUCCAAUCUGAUUGGCCUGUCCUGCAUGGCGGUCCAGGGUUCGCGCCCCGGGCCCCCGUCCGCUGCUCGCGAGGGGGGGGAGUUGGCGGACACGCUGCUGAACUUUAAAUGUCAGCCCAUCAACACAAGCAGCUCACCUGCAGGGCAGCUCAGCAAGAACACAGUGGCUGUCGCGUCAAUCCAUUUACCGCUGGCUGCUGCUGCUGCCCAUAGCACCUCUGCGUUACAAUCUGUUGAUAACUCCACUUGCAAGCUGCAGUUUAUUGUCUUUCGCAAUGGGAAACUUUUUCCUUGCACAGGGAAUUCGUCGAACCUCGCCGAUGAUGGGAAACGUAGGAGUGUUGCAACACCAGUUGCUUUCACCAAAUUAGAUGGCUGCAGCUUGGGGAGCGCCGUGCAGCCCGUCACCAUCGCUCUCAGGCACUUGGCUCUGGGUGUAGACCCCACUGCUGCUUACUGGGACUUUGACCUGCUCAAUGGACACGGUGGCUGGAGAGCGGAGGGGUGCAACAUAACGGGCUCGGUGGGCAACACGACCACCAUUUACUGCACUCAUCACAAGAACUUUGCGGUGCUAAUGGAUCUGAAGAAGGUGCUAUCCUUCCCUCCGUACCCGGGGGAGUUUCUGCACCCGGUCGUGUAUGCCUGCACGGCGGUGAUGUUGCUGUGCCUCUUCGCCUCCAUCAUCACCUACAUAGUGCACCACAGCGCUGUCCGCAUCAGUCGGAAAGGAUGGCACAUGCUCCUCAACUUCUGUUUCCACACGGCGCUGACCUUCGCAGUGUUUGCCGGUGGCAUCAACCGGACCAAGUACCCAAUUAUAUGCCAGGCGGUCGGUGUGGUCCUCCACUACUCGUCCCUCUCCACCAUGCUGUGGCUCGGGGUGACGGCCAGGAACAUCUACAAGCAGGUGACCAAAAAGCCCACGCAGCCGCAGGACGGAGACACCCCUGCGCACCCGCCCAAAUCACCUAUGCUGAGGUUUUAUCUAGUGAGCGGCGGGAUCCCUUUCAUUAUAUGUGGAAUUACUGCAGCCACUAAUAUUGAGAAUUACGGGAGUGGAGAGCAAACACCGUUCUGCUGGAUGGCCUGGGAGCCUAGCCUGGGGGCCUUCUACGGGCCGGUGGCCUUCAUCGCCCUGGUGACCUGCAUCUACUUCCUGUGCACCUUCAUCCAGCUGCGCCGGCACCCGGAGAGGAAGUACGAGCUGAAGGCGUCCAGCGAGGAGCACCAGCGCCUGGCCUCCGCCGAUCUCUCCCACUGCCACCAGGGGCCCGAGCCGGGGGCCCCCGCCGAGGGCCGCGCCCACUGCUCGGGAGGCUGCGGCAUCAACCCGGCGCUGCUGGCCAACGAGCACUCGUUCAGCGCGCAGCUGAGCACGGCGGCCUUCACCCUCUUCCUCUUCCUGGCCACGUGGACGUUCGGCGCGCUGGCCGUGUCCAUGGGCCACUUCCUGGACAUGAUCUUCAGCUGCCUGUACGGGGCCUUCUCCGUCACGCUGGGCCUGUUUGUGCUCAUCCACCACUGCGCCAAGCGCGACGACGUGUGGCACUGCUGGUGCUCCUGCUGCCGGGGCAGGCGGCGAGCGGGGGGCGUGCGGGCUGGCCACGGGGGGCACGGCGGCUGUUCGGGCCACGGGCACGCUCACGCGCACGGCCCCGCGCACCACCACGGCAGGCCCAAGCUGAACGUGAACGGCGGCACGCUGGCUCACGGGCCCCUGCUGCACAUGCACUGCGGUCACAUGGACUCGCCGUGCCGAGGCAAGGCCCUGCUGGCGGGCCACGCGCACGCGCACGCCCACGGGCCCUGCAAGCUGGGCGGCCUGUCCGCAGCCAACCCUACGCACGUGGCUUGCCUGUCGCCGGCGGUGGGGCCCUGUUGCGCCGGCCUGCACUCCCAGCAGCUGCUGCAGGACGUGGACGGCGUGGUGGUGGAGGACGAGCCUUCGGCGCACGUGCUGCUCCACGCGGACCCCGAGGGCUACCGGCCCGCCAUCCACCUGCACCGCUGCCUGAAGGGCGCCGGCGCAGGCGGCAGCGUCAGGACUAAGGGCCGGCGUCCAAGCCGGCAUCGAGUGGGCGGCGGGAGCGAGCGGGAGUUCGCCUACCACCUGCCCGCCGACGGUGGCUGCGGCGGCGGCAGCGGGCACAGCUCGCGCGCCAACAGCCCUCACAGCAUGCUGGAGGCCGGGCACCACGCCGGCCACCUGUGCCACGUGGGCGUGCACGAGCACGACCUGGGGUGCAUCGAGGGCCCACAGCCCCCCCACCAUCACCUCCACCACCACGGUGGCUUCCCCGACGGGCCCCACCAAAGCUGCCACGCCGCCCUGUGCCACGCCCGCCACACCUGCUGCGCCAAGGCCGAGCUCUUCCCAACCAUGUGCCCGCCAGAGCUAGUGGGCGACGCGGGGGCCUUUCUGUGCGGCUGUGGCAAGAUGGCAUCCGGCGACGACGAACUGGGCCUGGGCGGGCACCUGGAGAUGCGGCCCCGCAGACAGUCCGUGCCACAGAACCCGUCGCCCAAUCAGAACGGCAUCCUCAAGAGCAGCACGGACGAGGGCGUCCUCUACCCCUUAGACAGCACGGGGAACAUACGCACCGGACCCUGGAGGAACGAGACUACUGUGUAGUUUAAGGGCUCCUUUUUUGGCCAGAAAAACAAUCCGACAGUUGAGUAAAAAAGACCCUGCCGCCUACUUUGCCCUGAUCCCCUAGGAAACCAUUCAACUUGGAAUCCAUCCCAGGAUUUUUUUUUUUUUUUUUUUUUUUGUCAUUCAGUUUGGUUGUCUUUUUUUUAUUUGGUUACUGUCUCAUUCUCCCUUCGUGUUUUGCAUCCAAUGUUUCAUGGGGCGUUGUACAGGUAAUUCAAUCUUACUGAACUGGAUUCACAGCCAUCACAGGCUGACAUUCGUGUUUGGAGUCAUGGUUGUUUCACUACCUUUAUUUGGAGGUACAGCUGUUUGUUUAUCACCUCACAAUGUGUGUGUGUGUGUGUGUGUGUGCAUGUGUGCACGAGAGAGAGAGAGUGUGUGUGUAUGGAUGCUUUGGUGUGUGUCUUCAUGUAUAUCGCCUCCAAUUGAUAUUUAAUGCGAUUAUUUUCAUUCUCUAAGUUAUUUCCAAAAGAGCCUGCUGACUCCUCCCUUGGCUCUGAUUGGCUGGAGCUAGAGACAAUGUAGUGACCCCGUUUCUAAGAGACCAACUCACCAGCAGUUUUGAGUGAUUCAUAUUUUCAUGAUUAAAACAAAUGCUAUAUACUGUGAAUAGCAACUAGAGAACACGUGCAGAUGGCUUAUAAAAACCAAGGAUCAGCUUCUGUCAAACUCUUGUUUUUCUCUUGUGUCUGUGGUGUGCCGAAAGAAGUGAAAAACACAAAGACACUUUUUGAUUUUAGGUCAUUCCUCUACAGACCUGUUUGGAAUAUAUGAUGAUGUCUCUAUGGUGUCUUAACUGUACUGUGCAAUGACGACAUAUCCAUUGUGCCAACCUCCGGUGCUAGAAGGACAGUUGUACGCCUCCGUGUCCUUGGGUGAACCACAGCCGUAGCGAGACAGACUCGGUUACGCAACACUCAGUCGCUUGAUGAUGAGACGAGAAAAGAAGAAAAAGAAAAAAACGCUACUUAGUCUAGUCACCAACUUAGAAUCUGUUCUUUUAGCAGGGAUUGUUGAAGAAAUUACUUGAUUGAGCAAAGUGAUUAUUCCCCCCCAACACCCCCCCCAACACCAUGUAUGUGUUCCCCCAACAUGUUUCAGCGUACGCUAAGUGCAGGCAUAACUAAUUCCCGCCUUGACCCACCCCAGCAUUCCUGCCCAGCUCACCCUCCUGUUUUAGAUAAAGAGCCGUCCUCUUCGUCAGAGGCCUAUGCCUAGAGUGAGGGUACUUUUGAUGCUGUUUAGUUUAAAAAUAACCCACACAGGGGUAUUACAUGUCUCCGUCUAACCCUUGUAAAGGCACUUCAUAGUGACUCAUAUAAAUGACAAAGUGACAACAUUGGGCGGCUUGUGGCACUAAAGCACUUGUUCAUCUGUUGCUUACUUCAGUGUUGUGGUCCUUAUGCAGAGGAAUGAAGAUAAGUGUGUGUGUGUGUGUGUGUGUGUGUGUGUGUGUGUGUGGGUGUGUGUGCGUGCAUGUGUUUUGUGGAUGUGUGUGUGUGUGUAGAGAGAGGGAAAAGUGUGCAAAUAUAUGCUAAGAGGAGGAUUAGUCCCAUUUUCUCUCAGUUAACACGCUCCAUCAAGCGGUUGCUCUCCCAUCACGUGAGUAUAGCAUUGAUCCUAACAGCUCUGUAUUGUGUAACAACACUAUUGAACUGCAGUGAACACGGGUGUAGAGGGAGAUACUAGAAAAGGGAAAGCCUGAGCCCCUUAAAUGAUAAUGCUCAGUAUCUGAGUUGAGAAAAAUGUUAUUGCUAUUAUUUUUAUUAUUGUUAUUUUUAUUUGUAAUUGAGUUGUUCCAUGUUGCUCCCAUGUUUGUGGAAAUGCAAAACACUGUGAGAUGUUUAGCACUAUGGCAGUGUCACAUAGAUUAUGCUCUUACACACUUCCCCUUAUUUCAAUGAUUAUGUCAAUGCUAAGGUCCAAGCUGAUUUUCAGUGGACAUCACCUUGUGCUACAGUGACUGUGAGUUAUGAUGGGCCGCAUUUGACCUUGUCACCAUGGGAACCAGAACAUUCUGUUACAGCAAUGUCAUGUUUCCGUUUCCUUGAUUGAAGCGUGUCAUUUUACAUUGCCAAAGGAAGUCUCUGUUUAGUGGAGUUACGUUAUGUAUGGAAGUCUGUGGCUAAAUAAUGAAAUUCAACCUUGAAGGAACCUUGAAGAUUUAAGCCUCAAAUUGGGUUACAGAAAUAAAAAGGGCCUACCACCAGUGA